AUGGGCUUUGACGGUCUAUUUUUUGCACGACUCGAUUAUCAAGAUGACGAACAACGUAAUAAGACAAAAACACGGGAAAUGGAUGAUGCACGCCUGCACGAUUACAAUGUUCCAGAACGAGUUCAAGCAUUCAUAGAUGCUGCACAUGAUCAGGCACAUGGCUUCGCUACUAAUCAUAUCAUGAUGACAAUGGGGAAAGAUUUUCAAUAUGAAAAUGCUAAUAUGUGGUUUCAAAAUCUGGAUAAACUGAUAAAAUAUGUCAAUGCGCAGCAACCGAAUGGCAGUGAUGUCAAUGUGUUCUAUUCCACACCUUCAUGCUAUUUGUAUGCAUUGAAUAAGGUCGGCAGAGAAUGGACAUCGAAAACGGAUGACUUCUUUCCACUUGGCGACACUCCGCAUGGAUUCUGGACGGGCUAUUUUACUUCAAGACCUUCACUCAAACGUUAUGAACGACAUGCAAACAAUAUUCUUCAAGUUGCGCGUCAACUCAAUGCACUUUCACAAAUCAAUUUGCGUAGCAAUAUUUUUAAUUUGAGCGAAGCGAUGGGUGUUGUUCAACAUCAUGAUGCAAUCAGUGGAACAGAGAAGCAACAUGUUGCCAAUGACUAUGCUCAACGAUUGUCCGAAGGGGUCGACAUAGCUGCGGAUGUGAUUAAUAAUGCCUAUGCCAAAUUAUUGCCUAACCAGAGUAAAGUACCAAUGACAGCACCUCAAUUUCUUUGUCAAUAUUCAAACAUCAGCGAAUGUCUACCCAUUGAAGGACAGGAUCGGUUCACACUGACACUUUGGAAUCCCACCAUUCAUUCAGUUACUCAUCAUGCUCGUGUACCUGUUACGAAAGAAUAUUGGAUUCGCGAUCCAAUGGGAAGCAUUAUUCCAGCCGAGUAUCUUCCGAUUCCAGACACCACAAAAAACAUUCCUGGUCGAAAGAGUUCUGCUCAAAAUCAGUACAUAUUCACAAUUUUACUGCCUGCUCUUGGCUUUAGCACUUAUUAUUUCAAAGUUAAAAGCGGUGAGAUAAUCGAGAAGAAAAAUGUAACAACGACACGAAACGAAGCUUGCACUUUGGAAAACGCAUUUGUUCGAGUCGAAUUCGAUGAUCAAGGCAAUUUACAUCAGAUCAUCAAUUUGGAGAAGCGUAUUGCAGUACCGUUCACUGCGCAAGGCUUCUACUGGUACACAAGCUUUCCGGGUAACAGUUCUCUUCCGGAAUUUCAAGCAUCAGGUGCUUAUGUUUUUCGACCGUUGACAUCGAAGACACAACCUGUGAGCAUCACUCGUAUGAUAAUCUGUACGAAAACGGAAACAGUACAAUCGGCUAUGAUCGUAUUCAAUGAAUGGGCUAGCCAAGAAGUGAGUCUCUUCCGAGGAGCGCCAACUGUUGAAGUAGAAUGGACAGUUGGACCUAUUCCGAUCGAUGACGAUGUCGGCAAAGAGAUUGUUGUACGAUAUGAUACAGAUAUUGAAAGUGCAUCGAAAUAUUAUACGGAUGCCAAUGGACGUCAAGUACUCGAACGAAUACGUGACUAUCGACCAACGUGGAAUUAUUCCGUUGUCGAAAAUGUCAGUGGCAAUUAUUAUCCAAUCAAUAGUCGCAUUUGGAUUAAAGAUGGCACACGCCAAUUGACUAUACUCACAGAUCGAUCCGAAGGUGGUGGAAGUAUUCACGAUGGUUCAAUCGAAAUCAUGGUUCAUCGUCGUAUAAUUUGCGACGAUUCAGAAGGCGUCAAUGAACCAUUGAAUGAAACAGCCUUUGGCAAAGGCCUUGUCGUGCGCGGUAAACAUUUUCUCAUCCUUGAAUUACCUGCGAACAGCGCUCUCAUUCACCGAGUCGGCGCUCAAGAAUUGUUCAUGCAUCCCAUUGCUACCUAUGCUUUGCCCCAAAUAUCCUAUGCAAACUAUUCGAGUGCCUAUCAUCAAACAUGGUCUGCUCUAUCGGAAAGCAUGCCGCUCAAUGUUCAUUUACUAACACUCGAUCAAUUGAGCGCCAAACAAUUUCUUAUCCGUAUUGAACAUUACUUUGAACUCAACGAAGAUGAAAUCUAUUCACAAGCGGUCAACGUGGAUCUGCAAGCGUUAUUCAAAAGUCUCGGCACAAUUACCAAUUUGACCGAAUUGACACUCGCUGCCAAUUUACCCUUGUUCCAAUUGCAUCGACUCAAUUGGAUGACAAACGAUAACGAAUCGUCGCAUGUCAAUAUUCCGAAGGACGCAUCAUUGACAGAUACAAUAGUCACACUCAAUCCAAUGCAAAUCAAGACAUUUCAAGUUACACUGUGA